GUGCUGAAACAUGUGAAAAGAAUUCAACCAAACAUGGUAACCAAGAGUUCUUUGAUGCUGGGACUGGGUGAAACUGAUGAUGAAGUGUUUCAGGCCAUGAAAGGUAAACAUUAUCUUAUUCAAAUUAAUUCACCAUUUUCGGUCAACUGCUUUUUUUUAAAAAAACCGUAGAACUAAAUUGCAAUUGUUCACAAAAAGAGAAGUUUUUAAUUAUUUAUCUUACGCUUUACCCCAAAUAAAAAGUUUACCCUUUUUAGGGGGUGGGUGAACGUUUUUCUAGGUCCACAUUUUUUUGGCCUUUUUUGAUAAUGGUGGAAGAAAACGAGCAGUGCUUGCUGCAAAUUAAUGUCUCUAACAGUAGGAGAAGUAAAUCAGGCAGUUAGUUUCAUUUAUUGCGAAUGGAUUUUUUUUCAAAUACCUCGUUUUUGUGGCUUACAGAUCUGCGUGAGGCCAAGGUAGAUUGCGUGACAUUAGGGCAAUACAUGCAACCGACAAAGCUGCAUCUGAAGGUACCGUAAUUUAGAACGUUUGCUGUGGAUCAUCCUCUUCUCGUUACUACGAUUUUUAGCUGGCAUUGUCACAGUAAAUGGCUUGAGAGCAAGCAAUCGGGUGGGGAUGGUCGGGCAGGAAAAGAGCGUUUUCUCCCCACCCCAUCCCCUCCUUUCUUGCGAGAGUUUGCUGGCAGGCUCAAAUUAAAAACUUUGUUAUAACAAGUUUCUUAACUGGCUGAUCUUUGGUGCCCAUUUAAUGCACUUAUUUUCGCCCACAUCAUUUUCGUGCAGGUUACAGAGUAUAUCACCCCUGAGAAGUUUAAGCAUUGGGAGACAGUAGGAAAUGAGCUAGGCUUUGCAUACACCGCCAGCGGGCCACUUGUACGGUCAUCCUACAAGGCUUGUGAGUACAAAACUGACCCCCAAACCUUCAUAACCCUUCAUAAGAGACGCAUGCCAGAAAAAAGAAACUGCAGGUGCAAAUUAAAGAAGCAAACUUACAGCUCGAUUGCAAGUUUCUAUAGAAGUUUAAAUAUUUAAUCACCUCUUCGUGUUGUAGAAUACUAAUUUUCUUAUUCGUAACUACAAUCUACAGUCAAAAUUGUUUGAUCUGAUUGGCAAUGGCAACUGGAAGUCCUUAUUGCAGGAUUACAUUUAACUGGGCGGAUUAACUAGACAGUAGGGGGCAGUUGCAUUCGAAUGGGGUUUUUCCUUACAACUAUAGUACAGUGACGAUGACGAUACGAUGACCAUAAUGAUGAUGAUGACGAUGACGACGACGACGACGAUUAUGAUGAUGAUGAUGGUGGUGGUGUUCGCGGAGAUGCAAUGCUGUCCCCAGGGAUUAUCCUGGGGACGGACGAGGUUGGUGUUGGUGUGAUGACGACAACGAAGACGAAGGUGGCGAUCAUUCUAGGCUUAAUGUGAAGAGCCGUAAUAUACAAAAACAUAGCUUAAUAUAGUGCAUAUGUCUGAUCCAACACAGGGGAGUUCUUUCUGACAAACUUGCUGAAAACAAGAGGAAGCGAAAUAACAGAAACAUGA